UAUAUAAAAUAUAUUUAAUCUGUAACAAAAAAACCUUACUAAUUGUAAUGAUAUCAUUCACAAUGUUCUAUGGGAUUUUAAAGCGAAGACUAUCGUUAGUUAUUAAUUGUUACUUGUUAUUGUAUUUUUCACUAGUUUCGAAUCAAUAGCAUCGAUAGGAGAAUCGAAUUCGAUUUCUUCGUAAAUUAUUAGUGAAAGAGUGUAGCUCACUUCAACGUUCAAUUGCCCUUUACCUAUAGGAAACUUAACCAAUCACUCCGAAUGACAAAUUGAAUUAUUUUUUUUAAAUCCGGAGAAUAUUCGACUCGAUUUAUACGACUUCUUAGCCAUGUCUCAGGUUUGUCCGUCCUCGUCUCAUCAGUUGGUCGCAGCCGCGAUGGCUUUUCGUCGAGCUCGGCGUAAAUUUCCGAAAAAUUUUGGCCUGUAUUGCAACACGGAAGAGGCAACGAAGUUCGAUAAGACUGAAAGUCUUAGCGGGAAUGAGGAUUCGAAUGAUCAAGAGAAUUUACUGUUAACGAGGAAUUCUUCGAAGUCGAGGCCGAACCAAGUGAAAACGUAUUGGAACGACGAGUGCGGGGAAAAUGGCUCGACCAAGGAAAAUUUAUUCCAAAAGCCGAUAAUAUGCAGUUGUUGUCGUAAACGUAACGAGCAGUGUAAUGUUGGGGACACGCUCGACAUCGUUCCAAGUAAAGAGCAUAACGAAAUCACGCAGAAAAACGAAUUCUCCAAAUUGGAACAAGUGGAAAGUUGCGACUCGAAGCCAAUGAAAAAUCCCGCAACGGAGUCUCGAAAUUCUAAUCAUUUUCACGGCGCAUUCUCCUAUUUGCAAAAACGUAACUCGAAAGAAAUCCCAUCGAAAUUGGAUUCCGUUAAUCUUCUUUACGAUCGAGAUCAAAACGAAACGAACAACGUUAAAUCUAAUAAUGGCCCGCCCAAAGAAGAGAAACGAAAUUGCAACCGGGACGAGCACGAUUGUAACGGCGAGGGGAGGGGUUGCAAAGGGUUCCAUCGAAAUUUGCGAUUCACUCCGCAGAAGAACAACCCAUCGUCAUCGAGUAUUUCUCACGCUUGCAAUUGCGAGAAACAUUCGACCCUAAAUCUUCUACAGCCUCAUCGAGAUUGCUGUCGCCAGAAUCGUCAUUGUUGCCACUCCCACGACCAUUGUCAUCAUCGUUGCGACGAGUACAACAGACACUCCUCGAAAGAAAAGCGUCUCGCGUCGGACACCUGCCUCUGCUCCUCGAAUAACUCGAAUAACUCGAGAGGUUGCAAUCGAAACGAUCACACCACUAUCCGGGAAUCGACUUGCAAUAAUUGUCAUGGAAAAGAUUCGGAGAAGAUGUUGGCUAUGCAGGAGCAGAACGACGAGGAAUUGGACGAUUCCGUGGCAACGAUCAAUCACAAGGACUCGUUGUGCAUUUUGGUGGAGAAGUACAAGACUAAUAAGAAGUGCAAGCACAAGGCGUAUUUCAACGGGGUCGAAUUCACUGAUGAACGGAGGGACGAAUGCGAUAAAUCAUUCAGCUCGGAGACGUGUCAACUCGAUGAGAACGGGAAACAAGGAGGGGGGAGCAAAUAUAAUUCGGGCAACGAUAAUCCCCGUUUUCGGGGCGCCUCUAUUAGGAAACCGCCGUGCAGAUACGGCGAUUGCGGUCAGUUGUUCAAGGAGGGGGACGCGAAUCAAUUUAAAAACUUGAAGUCCCGUUUGAUAAAAACUGGUAAUUAUUGUUCAGCUAAAGGUACACCUUGGAGACAUACAUUUUAAAUUCGAGGAAAUAUCUACAUUACUAAGUUUUUGUAUUUAUAUUGUUUUAGUUCAAAUGUUUAUUAUAUAUUCUUUUUUUUCAUACACAAUUACCUAGUUGAUAGAUGAAUUUAUAGCAUUUUUUUUUAUCGAUUACGAUUUUUGAGAAAGAGAAAAGACAGAGGGGUAGGGGGUGGGGGAGGGAAAAAAAAAAGGACGAAGAAGAAAUUCGAGUAGUAGAAGAGGCACAAAAAUUAUAUAAUUAUAUAGACGCUUUGUAUAUGUGAAAAAAAAAUUUUUUCUUAAAAACUCUGCUAUAAAUGUUUUCAGCAAAACGAAUUUUCCGUUUUAAUUCUUGUUUUAUUAUCUUUUUUUUUUUUUUUCUCUCUUUCUCUUUAAGAAAAGACAGCGUGCACAGAAUAAUUCGGAUGAAAUAAAAAAAAAAAAAAAAAAAGAAAGAAAGAAAAGAAGUUUAAUUUCGCGCGCCGAAAGCUUAUUUUUUAAAGUAUAUUGCGCUAAUAAACUUGAUAAACUUAUUUUGGAAGUAUAUUGCUUUAAUAAAGUUAAUAAACGAG